UUCUUCUUCUUCUUCUUCUUCUUGAUGCGCAGUAAACAUGCCUCUUUUCACAUACUGCAGACUGUCCCAUUUACUGAAAAUAUCAAGCCGAAACGCAUCAAUGUUCCAAAAUGCAACUGAGAUAAAACUCGGAACUGGUUGUGGGGUGCAUCUGACUUGCUAUCGGGGAUUGGUGGACAAUAAAGGACUGCAGGACAGACAGAAGCAGCAAAUGGCCAGGAGUCUUCCUAAGCAGAAACCCAUACCAGGUGUCAAACAGGUGAUUGUUGUUGCUUCAGGAAAAGGCGGCGUGGGCAAGUCCACAACAGCAGUGAACUUGGCUCUUGGGAUUAUGGCCGUUGAUCAUUCUAAGACAGUUGGUCUGUUGGAUGCUGACGUCUAUGGCCCAUCUAUACCCAAACUCAUGAACCUUAAAGGAAACCCAGAGCUCAGUGAUGAUAACCGAAUGAUUCCUCUUAUCAACUAUGGCGUGCCAUGCAUGUCAAUGGGCUUCCUAGUGGAGGAUACAUCUCCCAUUGUGUGGAGGGGACUGAUGGUAAUGUCUGCUAUAGAGAGAUUACUCAGACAGGUACAAUGGGGGGCUUUGGACUACUUGGUGGUAGACAUGCCUCCUGGGACCGGAGACGUCCAACUGUCCAUCUCUCAAAAUAUUCCAGUAGCAGGUGCAGUCAUUGUUUCAACACCUCAAGAUGUUGCUCUGCUGGAUGCUCGCAGGGGAGUGGAGAUGUUUAAAAAAGUCAACGUGCCGGUUCUAGGUCUCAUUCAAAACAUGAAUGUCUUCCAGUGUCCCAACUGUAAUCACCAAACCCACAUCUUUGGCUCCGACGGGGUACGGCAACUUGCAGAGAAAAUUGGAGUUAAGUUUUUGGGGGACAUCCCUCUUCACCUAACCAUCAGGGAGAUGUCAGACAAAGGACAACCAAUAGUCAUUUCUUACCCGGACAGUUUAGAGGCGGAGGCUUACAAGAAGUUGGCAUCUGCUGUGAUCCAGAAUCUACAAGAACUGAACUCAUGAAGGAAAACGUCACCAGAAAAUGAUGCAAAAAGUUACUUAUCCUUAUUUUUUCCCCUUUCAUUCUCCCAUUUCUUUCUUGUGCUGUCUCGCUAUUUGAAUAAAAAGUUUAAACUAAA